UUUGUCGUCGGCCGAGCACGUGCUGUCGCUGAGAAUCGUGAAUUGUGACAUAAACAAAAAUAAUACCGACAAAAGUUUUCCAGCUUUUUUAACGCCAUAAAAUGACGACUUUUAAAGAUCUGAAAAUCAGCCCUUGGCUCAUUGAGCAAUUGAAAUCAGUCGGUAUUAAAGAGCCAACUCCCAUUCAGGAGAAUUGCAUUCCUGCCAUCAUGGCUGGCAAGGAUGUCAUUGGUGCAGCUAAAACUGGUAGCGGUAAAACCCUGGCUUUUGCAUUGCCAAUAGUCCAAAAACUAUCCGAGGACCCUUAUGGAAUUUUUGCUCUUAUAUUGACACCUACAAGAGAAUUGGCCUUUCAGAUUUCUGAUCAGUUUGCUGUCAUUGGAAAAUCCAUUAAUUUGAGAAAAUGUACAGUAGUUGGUGGACUGGACAUGAUGUAUCAGGGCCAAGAACUUUCAAGAAGACCUCACAUUGUUGUUGCUACACCAGGUCGUUUGGCAGAUCACUUGCAAAGUUGUGAUACAUUUUCAUUGCAACGAAUAAAGUUUCUAGUUCUUGAUGAAGCAGAUAGAUUACUGGGUGGUAAUUAUGAUGCACAAAUGAGCAUCAUAUUUAAAGCUAUUCCUAAAGAACGACAGUCACUACUCUUCAGUGCUACUAUCACGGAUGCACUGGAUAAAGUAAAACAAGUUUCAUCAAAAGAAGUGUUUAUGUGGGAAUCCACUGACGAUAGUGGUUUGGCAACAGUAAAAGAAUUAGAUCAAAGAUAUGUACUUUGCCCCUAUAAUGUACGUGAUGCAUAUUUGGUAGAAGUUAUUAGAACUUUUAGAUAUGACAAUGCAACUGGAUCGAUUAUGAUAUUUACGGAUACAUGCAAAAAUUGCCAAUUAAUAUCUAUGACCAUGAACGAAGUUGGUUUUGAAAAUGUUGCUCUUCACGCUAUGAUCAAGCAAAAGGACCGCUUGACAUCUCUUCAAAAAUUCAAAUCUAAACAGGUCAAGAUUUUAAUAGCUACAGAUGUAGCUGCAAGAGGUUUAGAUAUUCCAAUUGUUUCAUUAGUAAUCAACCAUAAUAUACCCAAUAUACCUAAAGAGUACAUUCAUAGAGUUGGUAGAACAGCUCGUGCUGGAAGAAAUGGUAUGGCUAUCAGUUUGGUUACGCCUCAAGAUAUAAAAUUACUUCAUGCCAUUGAAGAAUUAGUUGGUACUAAACUCACAAACUAUGAAGUUAGCGAUAAAGAGAUUGUUCAAAUUUUUACUGAAGUCUCAGCAACAAAAAGAGAAGCUGAAGCACAACUAGACCAGACUGAUUUUGACGAGAAAAAAAUGAUCAAUAAAAGGAAAAAGUUGAUUGAGGAUGGAUUAGAUCCAGAAGAAGCCGACGAAAUUUUGUCAAAGAAGAAAAAACAAAAUAAAGAAAAAAAAGAUAGCAAAAAAGAUGAAGCUGAAAUGGAACUAGACGAGACUGAUGUUAAUGAGAAAAAAAUGAUCAAUAAAAGAAAAAAGUCGAUCGCGGAAAAAAAAGUUAGCAAAAAGAUGAUAAAAAAAGUAGAAAAAAACAAAUCAAAAACUAAAAAAUAGGAAGCUUGAUUCAAGCCCAAUAAAUAGAUUUUGUAAAUAAUCUAUAGCAAAUUGUUGUACAUAUAUUUUAUACACAUAAUUUUAAGGUAUUGAAUUACCUACACAAAUGUUAUUAGUUAAAAUAAAUAAAUAUUUCUCAAUUUUUUCAAUUGAAAUUUUUCAUUUAU